AUGCAGAUUAAGCUUCGCGGCCACCGGAUCGAGCUGGGUGAGGUGGAGCACGCCAUGCUUACAUACGGUGCCGUUCGCGAUGUCGCCGUCGUUGUUCGGGAGCAACAAAGCGAAGAGAUAGAAAUGGUCGGCUUCGUUACGGCUCGCAGCGACGAUUCCACUGGGCAGAACCAGGCCAAUGAUCAGGUCGAAGUGUGGGAAACCCACUUUGAGGAAAGUACGUAUGCGGAUAUCAAGGCUAUCGGCCAGUCUGCUAUUGGUCACGACUUCAUGGGCUGGACUUCGAUGUACGACGGCAAUGAGAUUAACAAGACUGAUAUGCAGGAGUGGCUGGAUGACACGAUGCGCACGCUUCUUGAUAGCCAGACACCUGGCCGCGUGCUCGAAAUAGGCACGGGAACCGGUAUGAUCCUGUUCAAUCUAGGAGAAGGGCUUCAAAGCUACGUCGGUCUCGACCCUUCCAAGUCGGCAGCCGCAUUUGUGAACAACGCAAUACAGUCCAUUCCAUCCCUAGUAGAUAGAGCUAAAGUGCAUGUUGGCACAGCGACUGAUGUAGGACGGUUCGAUGAGCUGCACCCUGACCUCGUUAUCGUCAAUUCAGUUUCACAGUACUUCCCUACGCCAGAGUACUUGAAAGAGGUGGUUGAUACCCUUGUUUCAAUCCGAGGUGUUAAGCGUCUAUUCUUCGGCGAUGUACGCUCGUACGCUACAAACAGGCAGUUCCUUGCAGCUCGGGCUCUUCAUACACUAGAUGCUAAGGCGAACAGAUACAAUGUUCUGAAAAAGAUUGCUGAAAUGGAAGAGUGUGAAGAGGAACUACUUAUUGACCCUGCCUUCUUCACAGAGUUAACAUGCAGACUGCCUUAUCGGGUUAAGCACGUCGAGAUUCUGCCAAAGAGGAUGCAAGCUACUAAUGAGCUCAGCGCUUAUCGCUAUGCAGCUGUCAUACACGUACGAGACACGGAUGAGCCAGCGCAAUAUGCACACCCGAUCAACCAGGAUUCUUGGAUCGAUUUCGUAGCGUCCAGAUUGGAUCGUCUCUCUCUUCUGCGCCUUCUGCAAAACGCAUCAGGCUCUCGACCUAUCGCCAUCAGCAACAUCCCCUACAGCAAGACUAUUACAGAGAAACAUAUUGUCAUGUCACUUGACGACAUGGACAAUGACGUCGGAGCCGAUGGGCAGAGGGUGCUCGACGGGCCGGCCUGGAUCUCAGCUGUCCGUUCGCGCGCCGAAAGCUGCGCAUCACUGUCAGCCACCGAUAUUGUGCAGCUUGGCGAACAGGCAGGCUUCCGUGUAGAGCUUAGUUGGGCGCGACAAUGGUCCCAGAAAGGCGGGCUCGAUGCCGUCUUUCACCACUAUCCAAGUACCAAAGAAGGAGCCCGUGUCAUGAUCCAGUUCCCCACUGAUUAUAAGGGCCGUGUUUCUGCCCGUUUUACUAACAGACCGCUGCGAAAGGUACAGAACCGCCAGCUCGAGACACAGAUUCGCGAGCGGCUACAGACCGUGCUCCCGCCUUACAUGAUCCCG